ACUAGCUAUAACCUAAGAACUAGAAAACGAAUUAAUUAUAGUAUCGGUGGCCCAUUACAAAAAAAACGUCGCCGAAAAAACAAUGGACCACCACCAUCACUACAACCAUCACCACAACCAUCGCCACAACAAUCACCACAACAAUCACCACAGCAGUCACCACAGCAAACAAUAUUGCCCGCUUGGUAUUCUUGUAGAGCAAGUUAA